CAUACUCUCUCUGUCCCUCCCGCUGCUGCAACGUCAUCAGCGGGGGGUUGGGAGUGCUUUGCCCGGCGCUGUGUCUCUCAGUGCUUCACACUACUCGUCGGACAAACUGAGAACACACAGCUAAACGUUGUGCAUAUGAGAACCAAUUUAUCGGGAUUACAUUACUAUAAAAUUGGAUAUCAUUGGAAUUCUUCGCACUGAAAAUACUAUUCAGAAGUUCACUGUGUUUGGAGUUCCUUGAAGGUCUUCUGUUACUGCAGCCCAAUGUCCUCCUGCAUCAACCUUUGAAGUGAAGCCAGGAGUGUGAACUGUUCUCCAGUCAAACACGCUGUCCUUCCUGUAAACCUCAAAGUGCCUUAGUACGAGCAAAGAGAGAGAAAAGGACAAAGGGAUGACCCGCUGAAGGAAAUAAUUUAGUCCUAUGAAUCUUUAGAGGGAUUUCUCUGCUUUAAAGGACCUAAAUAUGGGGAACCAGUUAACAGAAAUCGCCCCCACUACCCCAUUUCUCCCGAACUUCCAGUCGUUACAUAUCGUAGUGAUUGGUUUGGACUCUGCAGGGAAAACAUCCCUCCUUUAUAGACUCAAGCUGCAGGAGUUUGUUGAGACCAUCCCCACCAAAGGGUUUAACAUGGAGCGGAUUAAAGUGCCUAUGGGAAACUCCAAAAGCACCAUGCUCCAGGUUUGGGAUGUAGGCGGACAGGACAAACUGAGGCCGCUCUGGAAGUCAUACACCAGGAGGACGGACGGACUUGUGUUUGUGGUGGAUGCUGCUGAGACGGAACGCAUGGAGGAGGCUAAGGUGGAGCUCAACAGGAUCACCCGGUCUGCAGAGAACCAGGGGGUGCCUGUGCUGGUUCUGGCGAACAAACAGGAUCGUAUAGGAGCCAUGUCUGCUUCAGAGUUGGAGAAGGUGCUCGCUCUCCAUGAACUGAGCUCGUCCACGCUGCACCACACACAGGGCUGCUCAGCGCUGGACGGUCAGGGCUUACAGCCGGGCCUGGAGAAACUUUACGAGAUGAUCCUGAAGAGGAAGAAGAUGCUCAGACACAGCAAAAAGAAGAGAUGAGAAGAAGGAUAGAUAGGCUGACUUUGACAGAGGUGACUUUUUGAACCACUUCUUGUCUGAGGAGCUUCUCAGCAGCCAUGCCUGGGACACUUUGGAACUUUGAUAGGUGACACCAGAGAGAAGCUAGCCAAGUCAGGGUGUCAUCUGGGAAGUUUCGAACAUUGGUUUGGACGUUUGAGCCAAAUGUUAACACCUUCCUUCACCUCCUUCUAGACAUAUGUUGUGAUGACUUCUGGGCACUCUACCUUAUCCUGAAAGGAUCACUGCAAAGAGAGGUACAGCUCCAGAGAGAAAGACAAAGAAAACCUGUGCAAUAUGAACACUUCCUGAUGCACUCACUCCAAUGUUGAAGGAUUUUAUUUUUUUUAUAGGAUUUCUUAAGCAGACUGUACUGUCAACAGAAACCUGCAGGCUUGGCCUGAGCACACUUACUGUUCCUUUCACUACGUUUUAAUGUCACACUUGAAUCUAAAUCUUUAUGUUGCAUGAUGUUCACCUGAUUAUUUGCUUGGGAAUAUUAAGACAACACUUUUGGUGACCAAAAUAGGAGUUUUUUUUAUAUUAUUGUGGGUUAGAAAAAGUCCAGGAUUACGCCAGGUUUGCUGCUGGGACUAAGCAACACAACACAUCAGACUGAGGCUGCUGAAUCCAGCCGUGAUAGUUCAAACUGUUUAUCAUUCUUUACCAAAGCUUUUUGCUUGUUUCAGUUUGGUGUACUUCAGGGUUGGUUGAAUAGUUCAUUUGUUGGUCACUUGUUCAAACAAGAAAGCAUUUUGGCCCUGUGUACAUUUUGUUUUUGUAAAUGUCAAGAUAUGAAUAAAUUAUUUAGCAAGAAUUCAUAA